CUUGAGUCACAAGCUCCACCUCAGAUGAGAGCUUGCUGGUAUUUCUGUGUGGAUCCCCUUUGUUGUCUGUAGCUUGGACGCAGCUGUAAAAAUGUGGUGGACGCGUCUCGCCUUGCUCACCUGUCUGACUGUGCUGUUCGUCCUCACCUUGUUCCAUGAGGUUAACAGUGCAUCUGUGUCUGAUGGAAAGGUGGACAAGAAUGCAGCAAACCCACAAGGUGGGCUAAGGAGGAUUUUCAUGCAAGAGAAUGAUGCCAGCAGCUUUUUCAAACGGCGUGGCAGGAGGUCAGUGAAAACGCAGGAUGAGAUCAACGCUGAGCAGAGACAGAGACUGGCAGCUGACGAAAGGAAGAGAGAAUACCAUGAGGAGCAGAGAAACGAGUUUGAGAGUCAUGCAGAGGAAGAGCAUGAUGAGCAAGAUGAGAGAACCCGGGAGAAGACAGAGCAGUGGAGAGAGUUCCACUAUGAUGGCCUUGACCCUUCUUAUGAGUACAACCGGCACACCAUUUAAACCUGCCAGCAGAGCUUUUGCCCAUCAGGGGAUAAAAAAGGUGCUACUGAACAAAAAUAUUCCCUGACAACUGUGUAGCACAAUUAUGAGUAAAAACAUCAUCAUCAUCAUGCACUCAGAGAUUUAUUAACUGGGAAAUGGCACAAAAUCUAUUGGGUCAGAGCUACAGCACCAUCUGCUGGACAAAAACGCAGCCAUUAUUUCUGGUGGGGAUGCAGGUAGAUGAAGAGUUAAAGAUACUGAUAACAUCACUUGCAAUGAUGCUGUGCUCUUUCAAACUUAAAGCCUUUGCUUAUUCCAGGCGAAAA